AUGGACCAGGACUGCAAUAUUAGAGAAAAGUAUUGUAGUAAUGAAGACUAUCCAGUGGUUCUCUGUAUUGAUGAAUUUGGAUUCAUUGUUAAGAAUGCAGACCAGCCCUUUGCUUCCAAGCCGAUUGCUGACAACAGAUUGACCAGAAAUGAAUGGUAUGAUCUCCUUGAUAGAUAUGAAAUUGAUUACUGCCAGUUUAGCGAGCACAUUCUGCAUAAAAGAUUGCUCCAAAGAGGAGUUCCUAUUCUUCUGAGAGGAAAAAUAUGGAGAACUGUGCUCUUUAAAGGCAGGGAUAGCUACGCUUCAAGAUAUCUUGGCAUACAUGAGGGUCUAUAUAAGAUAAGUCUAGACCAAAUAUACCACAAGCUUGGGCUGGACUCUGCAAAAUUAAAGCAGCUACAAAGAAUUAUUAAAAGGGACAAAUACGUGGAGAUGUGCCAGAAAACUUGUGGAUACGAGUACCAAAUACACGUGGACAUUCAAAGAACAUUUCGACACCACUAUUUGUUCUCAAAUAGCUAUGGAAAGGGACAGACCGAGCUAUUUAAUAUUCUAGUUGCCUUUGCAAACAAGUUCAAAAGAGUAGGAUACUGCCAGGGAAUGAGCGAUAUUGCAGCAGUAUUUUUGAUGCAGUAUGAGGAGUUUGAGGCGUAUGAAAUGAUGGCAACAUUUUUCAAGAAAAAUAAGCUUUCAUGUCUUUUUGACAGUAAUUUUACAAAAUUACCAAAAUUAAUUAAAAUGCAGAUAAAGCUAUUGCAAAAAGUAGCACCAGCAACAUAUGACUGUUUGAACAGAUACUUAAACAGCAUAGAAAUACAUCUUGUUACAUGGUAUCUUACUUUCUUUACUAGGUUCCACAUCCGGCUGUGUCUAAGAAUAUGGGACUAUAUGAUGUACUAUGGUUUUGAAUAUUGCCUGUACUUUGUAUGCGCUAUUUUCAAAGCACAGGAGAACAGGCUUAAGGAUUUGAACGAGGAACAAUUUGUACAGUUUUUGAGCAGAAUUGAGCAGGAAGUGUUUGAUGAGAAUGAAAUUGUUGAUCUGGCAACGGUUUUUAUGGAGAGUCUUGAUCUCAAACAGCUGUAG